CGGGGUUUUAGCGUUUCUUUUGUUUCGCGAAAAUCUAAUCCCCGCAAGCAAUCUUCAUGACCAAUCUGGGAAUUUCGUGUAAGUUCUGCAAGUAGCGUAAUCCAGCAAGCCGUCGGAGUCUUGCUCAACAAGUCAUUUUGCCGCUAAACAACAGCGUAAAUAAAAGCCACACCUUCCGGUUUUCUGGACUGCGUUUCGUGGAGCAAUGACCAGCCAACAGAAACGCGGCAGGGAAUUCUGGGUGGUCUGUAGUUCUCGGCUGUUUGUGCCACGGUCUCAACAGAGCUGGUCACAGCACACCGUUUCCAAAAGCCCUCCAUCGUCGAAAACCUUCUGAAGGUUUUUCGCGCGGCGCCUCUUCUGUUUCUCUCGGCAUCCGUGGCCGUUCGCUUGCCGGUUGUCCAGAGGUCACCGCGCCCGGGCCGCGUUUCCGUGGACGAUCGGGUCACUGCUGCGGCGACUGUGCUUUUCCACCACUUUUCCCUCCGCAAUUUCUCUCUCUUCCCCGUUUCUCUUCUUCAGCCUGCGAACUGCGAUGGCGCUCGACACUCCAGCCACGUCGCUCGCCGCGCGAGAUCCGCUCGACCUGUCGACUUCGCAAGAUGCAGUGCUGGCGGUGCGUUCAGCCGUGAAGAAAGUGAGAAGCCCGAACCUCGUCGUGAUGGGCGGAGCAAAUCGCGACGUGAAUCUCCGGGUACGGUCCUUGCCCUUGCACGGCGAAACUGUCGCAAGCGCAAAGCCAGUGAUCUACCGCGGCGGUAAGGGUGCGAACCAGGCAGUCCAGGCUGCGCUGUUGAUGAACCGCGGGAGCGAAGAGCCCUCCGCGGACGACGACGCAGCCAAAAAAAAGCAGCUGGCGAAAACCGACGGCAGAGUCGCGCUGAUCUGCAAGCUCGGCGCGGACGAAACGGGCUCCGAGUACCGAAACUACUUGCAGAAUAUCGGAAUCGACAUGACCGGCGUUCUGACGGCGAAGGGAGAACCAACCGGGUGCGCAUACGUAACAGUGGCUCAAGACGGCGAAAACACCAUCGUCUACGUCCAGGGAGCAAACAACUGUCUGACUUCUGAAGAUCUGAGGAACCCUGAACUAGCCGCAUUGAUCCAGAACGCGAAAGUGUUCGCUUGCGAGAACGGCGUUCGGGGAGACGUGAUUGUGGCUGCGCUGAAGCUGGCCAAAUGUUCGCCAGAGAAUGUCGUGACUGUUUUCACGCCUGCUCCGGUGGCAACCGUGCCUCUGGAGGCCUUUGCGUACUCGGACUACGUGGUGGUGAAUGAGAACGAAGCGCGCGAACUGUAUAGCUUGACGCCAGUCACGAAAACGCAGGACACAGCAGGAAAUGUGUUCGAGGAGCGGGAAGGUUCAGACGACGACUGGCCGCCGCUGAGCAAGCGCGGCGGCAGCGACAAACCUUUUCCUUCUCCGGCUGCGCUUCGAUCCAAACUGGUCCUCUUGGGGCAGAAGGCGACCACCGUGUUGGGAGCUGAGAGGGAAGACGAGGCGCGCGAGACAGUCCGUGUUCGCGGGGGGGUGCACCCGGCCGAGUGCAACGUGAUUGUCACGAAAGGCAAAGAUGGAUGUACGCUGAUUCGACAAAGGAGUGAUGGCAACCACCGGGUGUCUGUCCAGUACUUUGAGCAGAAGCGGCGCGUCCCGCCAGCGCAGGUUGUCGACACGGUCGGAGCGGGAGAUUCCUUCUGCGGAGCUUUCGUGUACUUUCUGGGGGAGGAAGGUCUCAGCGUAAACGAAGCCAUUGAAAAGGCGGGGAUUGUCGCCAGCUUCUCCGUCCAGAAACGGGGCGCAAGCGAAAGCUACGCUGACCGCGAGCUCCUCAGGGGAGUCGUCUUCGAGUGAAAGCCGGAACGGAGAAAGAGGCCGUGCAGGCAAGGCAACUGCACACGGCGCUGAUCGUGCGCCGCGGGCGUGGAAAAGGAAAUGGACGUCUCCAAAGAUGUCCCAACACACUUCGACGCAUUCACAUAUGUAUGUUUUUAUCUACAUGUCUUCCAGUGUCUGUGUGUACAGUUACCAGCAAGCGUAUCGACAGAAAUCCAUACAUGUGUGCAAGGAUGCUUUGAUAAGUCGACAGGAAGCCAGUGCGCGUCGUUGUUGUGCUUUCUACAGUCAAGGAUAACUUUGUACGCUUCCGUUGGUAGAAAGAGCAGAGAACGGAGCCGCACGAUAUCUAAGCGACCGUCUUUAGAUGUGUAUGGAGUGAAACAGAAACAGAUCCGUGUGUGUUCGGAGUCAUCUUCCGUACGCUUAAGUGUAUGCAUUUAUCUUCCUGUGUGUAUGUGUGUCUAAAGGGAGAGCGCGAGUGAACAACACCGAUAUAUAUGAGAAAUGUGCUAGCAAAGUGGAAAGAAACGAAUUUCAUUGCGGUUGGGUUCAUCGUCUGUCCAGGUCUACGUAUAAAGACGAAUGUGCCUUUGUAUGUAUAUUAUGUCACGAAAGAGCACCGCCGAUGUAUAUGGGAAAUGCGCUUGUAGAAUAGAAAAGAAAUGGAUUUCCGUGUGGUUUUUUUCGUCCUGUGUACAGGUCGAUGUUUGUGCAUGUUUCUGUGCAUAUACGUACGUGAUGUGUAUGUAUACAUGCGAAGAGAGCAGUUCCGCUGUAUGUAAGAAACUUGCUUGCAUAAAUGGAAAAGAAACCGAUUUGUAUGUGGUUCUGCUGCUCGUCUGUACGGCUAUGUACAAGUAUAUACAUGUGCCUAACUAUAUAGGGCCGACGGAGCAACGCGCAAAUCUGUGUGUACAUGCGCAUGCACGUUUGCCUAAAUGGAAAGCUGCUUCCCGUCUGGUUGCAGUUUGCCUAUUAACAGUUCGGUCCACAGUUCCAACUGAUGCGCGGGCUUGCCAAACACGAACGGGCCUUUGUUUCGUUGUGUCUCUUGAGAAAGACAAACUGUGAGAUGAACGAGCCUGUGUUUCCUUGUCUCUGUUUUUGCAACGGAGACAAAACUGUAUUUUCGUUUCAGCCGAAACUUGAAUGUCAGGGGAAGAUAGACUUCCUUCUCUGUUGUGAACGGCUGGGUGCCAAUGUCCUCAAAACAAAGCCACGCAGGUUAUUGUUCCUGUGCAGUUAACUGCUCUCUCCCCCAUGAUCGUUUGGAGAUGGAACAUCUGCACUUUUUGUCAGUGCGCGACAACUCCCGUGGUGGCACCCGUGCAUGGUGUUUCUGUUUUAUACGUUCAGUUUGCUUGUCGGUGCCGCUUCGUUUGGUGUGUGAUCUUUGUCUUUCAUCUGUUCUUGUGUCUCCUUUAAUUGCGUCUGCGUUUGGGCUUCGUAUGUAUGUGCUGGCUGGUGCGUUGCUCUGUGUCUGCCGCAGACGUUCCUUGCUGUGUCUCCGUUGGGUUGUGUUUCUUCUCAUGGACGCGACUCGAGCUGCUCUUCGAGGGUGUCUUCCGUGGAUUUCCUCACAUGCGUCAGCCGACGAAGCCGGUUGUCUUUCCCCCUUUACGGAUGUGAAGUUCUCACAGGCUGUGCACUACAGUACAUAUCUUCGUCCCUUCUUCUGUGGCGUGGACAUCUGAAGCAUGCAUGCCCACAUGUGUACUGUAGACCCUGCAUGCGGCCCAGCGCUGCUUCUCCACACAUGCACUCGUUACUCUUAUCCACAGACCUGCGUGCGUGAACUACGCAUGCGUGUGUGCAUGCAUUCCCACGUACAUAUAUAUAUAUAUAUAUAUAUAUAUAUGCAUACAUGAAUGCUUACAUGUGCAACUGUGCACACGGACAUGCAAGCUUACCUGCAUCUGUACCAUACUACCAUGCAUACAUACUUAUAAAAGGGUUACCUACAUGUGUA